AUGGAAAACAAAAAAGAGAUUAAAGAUCAAGAAAAAUCUAAACCUAUAGAGAAAUCCAAAUCCUUAGUCCCUAUGUUAGAUAAAGAAGAUAUAGAGACAUUGAAAUCACAAUUAUAGAAAUAUGAAUAUUUGAAAUUGAAAUAUAAUUUAUGA